AUGGUCAGUGACUGUGACCCGACCGGGAAACGACCCUCUUCUCAGAAGCCAUCAUCAUCGCCCCGAGCGCGCGCGCACAGACCGGUCGGAGGCAAAAAUUGGUCUUUUCAGGGCACAGUUCAGCUCCCCUGUGGAUGCGUCCCCAGAUGGCAGGAUUUCCAGGAAAUCGAGACUGUCCCUCGUGCACUUGGGAAUAAUAAUUCCCCAAGACAACACUUGGGGAUUCCGGGUUGUCCUGAGGCUGCCCGGGACUUCUCCAGCUCUCCAGCCCCAGGUCUCCUGACAUUGUGUUCCAGGCUGCGGGCUAAACCAGACAGUGUUCGCCUCCCGUUCUUUCCACCGAGGGAAGCGAACGCCACCCCUACCCGCCUUUGCCCGCGAGUCUCCCUCGCUGGCCGAAGGGAAGCCGGCCAGGUCCCGGGAGGAAGAUGGCGCAGCGAAUUCGAUGAGGACGGCCGGCCCCGCCCCCGACCAGGAGCUCGCUCGUUCACCUGGUGUCUGGGAACUUGAAUGUGUGAUGGGCGCUUAUUGUUCUGAACCCUUGAUUGCUCCCUCCUCGGGCUGCAUUUCAAAAAUAGUCAUAUUUUUAAAGGAGUUGGAGGAGAGGGAGGGGGAGGACAUGGCACCGUUCCAGAAACCAGCAUUAUUACAACACCAUAGCCAGUAUAUUUAGUUUGGCUUUUCCUAACAUAGAAAUCUUUGAAGGUGGGGGAGUGGGAAUAAAGUUUAAAAAAUGAGAGAGCAGUUUUCCAACUAUGUCAACAAAGCCUAUCGUGUUGAUGUUUUUAUUGACCAUUUUAGCAACAUGCUAAUACAAUUUCAAAUUGAAAUUUUUAUUUUCAUGGCUUUAAUCCAUGAUAGUUUAAAUCCUGGGGCCAUGAAGAGUGGGUGUAGCUAAGAGCUUAGCUAACAUUGCCUUUUCCCUCUAUUUUUCUCAAGUAUUAGAAGAAUUCUGUUUUUGACUAUUGUAGUUAGCUUUUUGGCUUUAAACAGCAGCCCUAGUAAUGGUGGAGUUGUUAAUGAAUGUGUAUAUUGUACUGAAUUUCUGUCAGUUAAGGGGUUCACUGCUUUGGUGGAAAUUGCUAGCAGGUUCCAUGAUGUUUCUUUUCUCCAUGUUGUACCUCAUUACCAUUUCACAUUUGCAUUUCUAUUUUUCUUCUUCUCCUCCUGAUCUCCUUAAAACUGAAUCUAGAGUUGGUGGCUUUUCCCCCUCCUCUUUAGCCAGUUCCACAGUUCAGUUCUUGCUGAAAACAGGGAAGAACGAGUAGGAUCAGGACAAAUGUGUGUUUUUCAAAAACUGAAGGCUGGGUGUGAAACCCCUUCCUUGGACAAGGUUUAUAAACGUCUCUCCUCCUGCUGCAGCCCCAGCCUAACUGAUAGUUACUUGAUUCAAUGUGUUAGACACUUAUAGCAUUUAGGUCUCUUUCAAGGGAAUUUGUCAAAUAAUGCUGUUUAGCUCAUUGUUGCAAGCAAUUGCACAUUAACAGCUGUGAUUGGGUUGGACAGAAAGUAUCACGACCAAAGCCAGUUUCUUGGCAUUUCAAAAAUAAUGCAAUAAAAACUAGUUGAGGUUAGCUGAGACUGGAAAUGCCUUUUUCAUGGUAAAUGAUUCACUUCUUUUUCUUUCUUUCUUUCUUUUUUUCUUUGGUUUUCAUCCUGGAUUCAUUCCCUGAUCUUAAAUCAAAAGGUCAGAUCAAUGAAAUAUGAACUAAAGUAUUUUUCUUAAGCCUAUUGAGUGAUUUAUUUUUUAAAAAAUGUUUAAAUGCAUAUGCUUUUCUUUUAGCACAACAGCAAAACUUUUGUAAUAACUAACUUACCCUUGCAUGCAUAAAUAACUGAAAGUCAUUUAUUUCCCUAACUUAUUCCUCUUUGAAAUAACAGGUGGCAGAUCAUAAAACGAAAUUCUUUAUUGUAUCUACACACUCCACGUUCCUUACUGUGUCCUACUACUGUACCUUGGCUCCCUGCUGUAUUAAACACCAUCUUAAGCA